AUGGGUCUACCAAAAGCAACCACCGUCUCCAACAUGAGCCAUCACGGUUCGUUGUCGCUGAUGAGUAACCAUCCGCAUCCUACCGUGCACGCAAUGCACCAAGGUGCCGUCCUGGGCCCAGCUCAGCAGGCAAGUGCUGACACUGCAAGUUCCAAAAAGAAACCCAAGCCCAGAAAAGAAGCUGCUGAAGAGGCAGAAAAUGCAGACAGCAAAAACCCUUCCUCGUGGGACCCUCAAGAUGACAUCUUGUUGCGACACUUAAAAGAGGUCAAGAAGAUGGGUUGGAAGGACAUUUCGCAGUACUUCCAGAACAGAACCCCAAACGCCUGCCAGUUUAGGUGGAGGAGAUUGAAAUCCGGAAACCUGAAGUCAAAUAAGACCGCCAUUUUGAAUAUCAACGAGUACAACAUAGAUAUCUCAAGUAUCCCUGUCAGCCAGACAGAGAAGAGCAGUGCUAAGGAAACAAAAGAAAAACUAACCUGUAAACCUGCUCAACAGGCUAGAACCACCAAGUCACCAAAGAAUAUGCAACCAGGAACACAUUUCGAUAACGUUUCUCCAGCCAUAGAGAUUUCCCCUAGUAGUAACAAUGUAACAGAGAACCAUGGCAUUUCUCCAAUGUAUCACAAUACUCUACCACAACAACAGAAUCAUUUCACCCACACUAACACAACAGCACAAAAUUUAAAUUUCGAUAAUAUAAAUGGCACAGCUACUAAAUUUGCCAAACCUAGGUCUAUGUCCCACACAGCAACAAGGCCAAGUAAUUUUGCUCAACAACACGCUUAUUCAACUACAACAGUUAAUGGCCAUCAUGCAUAUCAAUCAAACACUACAGCAGCUUCAACUGAACUGUCACCAGAUGAAGAAAAAGUAGGAUUUGUUCCGAAAGUUUUUGUAAGAUCAAGACGUAGCUCCUUUGCCCAUCCAACUAACAAUCUAAUAGGCCAAAACAUGCUGUCACCACCAACUAUUUUGAAUAACACCUCAGUUACUCUUUCAACGGUGAUGAACUUGGCAUUAAACGGCUCCAAAUCCAGAAAAAACUCCUUUUCCACCAGAUCAAGAAGAUCUUCUUUCAAUAUCUCGAGCACGACUACAUCUAGAAGACCAUCCCUGGUCAUGGCUCCAAAUUCAGCAACAGUUGCAUUUGGUCCAUCUGGGGUUGUUUCGCCAAACAGCAAUACGGUUCUUUCUACACCUACCAGUAGGAGAACUUCGAUCGCAGUUCCAUAUCAUCGUCAACCAAGCAGUGGGGCCCUUGGUUCAGUAAAUGGAAAUUUCAUGGACUUACCACAACACUUAAAAAGGUCACAGAAUUCAUCUCAACCGAGUCCUCCAGCCUUGUCAAUCAGAGGCUCUUUUUCAUCGAAUACCCCAGAUUGGAACGCUGAAAACGAUAAAUUGUUGAUUGAAGCCGUCUCAAAACAUUUAUCAUUUUCAGAUAUUUCUAAUUUAUUACCAAAUAAGAGUAUACAAGAAAUUAAAUGGAGAAUGAACGUCCUAUCGAGCGAGAAUACUCCUUCAAGUAGCGCAGGCAGCCCAUAUAAUCCAUCAGACUCCCCAAAGAAAUCAUUGGAACAAACAGAUGAUUCUAGCACUACACCUAUAGACCACAAUACAUUUGGAGAAGAUGAUGAUGAAGGUGAAAGUGCUAUUAAUGACAGUGAUUCUCCAGAUUAUCAUAUGUUACAAAGAGAAACAUCUGCUUCUUCCAAAGAAGUAUCCCCAAAUUCUGUAUAUUCUAGCUCCUCAGUCAAUGCCAACAAACUAUCAGGUAGUAUAAAUGACGUAAGAUCUGUCUCUAUUAAUGCAUCAUCGAUAAGCUCAUUGCCACCAAAUUCUGUGAAUUCACAGAUUCCAUCUAAUAUUAAACAAUUACCGAAUAUCAACAAUAUAGUACAGGAUAUGGUGUGA